CGUCAACGAAUCUCGCACGAAGGAAGGAAGAAGAGUGUCGAGAAAUACGCGUGAUAUCGAAAGGGGGAAUAAAUAAAGCGGACGGAAGGAGCGCGUGCGCGAUUCAUCGAACAUCUCUCUCUUUCUCUUUCUCUCUCUCCCUAAUAUUCUGCCUCUCUUUCUCUCUCUCUCUUUUUUUUUUUCUAUCUAUGUAUCUCAAUACUACGUCGGUGAUUCACGUUCCUUACGCGUGCUUUAGCAGGAUUUUACGGUGGAACUGAUUUAGUGCCGUCCCGUCGUGUGUUUCUUUUUUUCUUCUUGUAUAUAUAUAUAUAUAUAUAUAUAUAUAUAUAUAUAUGUAUACAUAUACAUGUAUAUACAAAUGUACGUAACGUCGUACAUAGAGAAACGAGAGUAAAAGAGAGGGAGAGAGAAAGUAAAGGAAAAAGUGAGAGAAGAGAAGAAGAGAAAGGAAAAGAAAAGGGAAGAUAGGAAGGAGGGGCCGAAGGGAAGAGAAAAAAAGGAAAAAAAGAAAAGAGGGAGAAUCUGAGACAAGCCACUGUACAACAUUACGGAAGCGAAGAAAUCAAAAACCCAGAAGGAGGGUCUCCUAUCUCCUAAUCACUACAUCGGUGUAUAUCAUCGCGUACCAACAUUUCUCUCUCUCUCUCUCUCUCUCUCUUUCUCUUUUUUUCUUAUUCUAUUCGCACGAAGAAUAGUAAAAAUUCGUCAAUUUUUAUCUAAUAUCACGGAGAUGUUUGUUAAUGCUGUUGAUGGACGUAUGGAUCCAAAUGUGAUCGAGAUCGUGAUCGAGAACGAAUUUGUAUCGUAUCGUUGAGGAAGAAAAUAUCAAGGAACAAUAAUGGAUUAAUUUUCUAAUUCUCCUUAUGAAAGUUAGAAUAAUAUCAACGGCCAGUGUGUGUGUGUGUGUAUGUGUCUGUUAGAAGAACCAGCCUACCAACCAAACCACGGGAGAGAAAGAAGAACUUUAUAUAUAUAUAUAUAUACAUAUAUAUAUAUAUAAUAUACAACGUACUACACACGCUUAAGAGUUAGACAGAGAAAGAGAAAGAGAGAGAGAGAGCCACAUACAACACGAGAGGCAGUACCUACUCUCCGCGAUAAAUCAAGGCAGGAGUGAUGCGAUCAAUGCGGGAAUGAAUCGAAGGUCGAAACCGAUGAGACCACUUCGACGGACGAAGUUGUUACCAAGCCGGACAAUGACGCUACUCUUAUCGAUAUUGCUAAUGGCGUUUACGCUACCAGUCGCACGUUUAGAAUCAGCGAUUGGUUCGGUGAGCAACGGCGGGGUUUCGUUAUCGAGCGGUGGUUCGUCGUCCUCGUCAUCGGCAAUAUCUUCUUCGUCAUCGUCCUCGUCCUCGUCGUCAUCGUCGAUCGGGGUAGUUUCCGGUGGGAGUUCAGUAUCCGGAGGUAUUAUACCUGGCGGUGCUGGGAACAGCGUGAUCGGUGGAAGUGGGAGUGGUGGAAAUAGCGGUGGUGGUGUUGGUGGUGUUGGUGGUGGUGGUGGUGGAGGUGGUGGUGGUGGUGGGGGUGGGGGUGGUAGUCAUUCCGGACUUGGAAGUAGUAAUAGCGGAAGUUCGGGGAACGGAAAUGGCCGAUGCGAAGAGAUCACGAUACCGAUGUGCCGUGGUAUCGGUUACAAUUUAACAGCCAUGCCAAACGAAUUGAAUCACGAUACUCAAGACGAGGCUGGUUUGGAGGUUCAUCAAUUUUGGCCUUUAGUCGAGAUCAAAUGUUCUCCAGAUUUAAAGUUCUUCCUUUGCUCGAUGUAUACGCCAAUAUGCUUGCCCGAGUAUACUAAACCUCUGCCAGCUUGCAAAAGCGUUUGUGAAAGGGCUCGUGCCGGUUGCGCGCCCCUUAUGCAACAGUACGGUUUUUCUUGGCCGGAAAGAAUGGCCUGCGAGAGGUUACCGAAUUAUGGCGAUCCAGAGAAUCUUUGUAUGGAUCAAAAUAAUCGUACGAGCAACGGUGGCGGUUCGGGAAGCGGUGGUAACGGUGGUGGCUCGGCGAGCAAUGCACCGAUGCAACCAGUAGCUACGCCAACUAGACCAACAAGACCGUCCAAGACCAUGCAGCCGGCUCGUUGCAAGCCAGGAAAAAAUCAAAAAAACUGCCAGCACCCCCCGGGGGAAAGGGCGAGGGAUUGCUCGUGCAGAUGCAGGGCACCUCUCGUGCCUCUGGGGGUGGGAACAACGGGCACGGUGAUACCCGGCCAGAUAAGCGGAAGCAACAGCGGGGGAGCUGGACUGGCCGGCAUGGCCGUAAGUGGAGUCAUUCCGGCGCCACCGCAGGCGGACAACGUUCGGAACAUCAUUCAGGAAAUUGCAGGGGUACGGGAUUGCGCCCUGCCGUGUCACGGGGCGUUUCUCACCCCCGAAGAGCGAGGGUUCGCGGCCGUUUGGCUGUGCCUGUGGAGCGGCCUAUGCGCCGCAAGCACUCUCACGACCGUCACCACGUUUCUGAUCGACACCCAGCGCUUCAAGUAUCCUGAGAGACCGAUAGUCUUCCUCUCGGCGUGUUACUUCGUCGUGUCCCUCGGUUAUCUCUCGAAGAACGUGAUAGGACACGAAGAGAUAGCCUGCGACGGGCCAGCGCUGAGAUCGGGAGCACAGGGACCGGGAGCUUGCGUGACGGUCUUCCUGAUGAUCUAUUUCUUCGGCAUGGCAUCAUCAGUUUGGUGGGUCAUACUGGCAUUCACGUGGUUCCUCGCGGCCGGUCUGAAAUGGGGAAACGAAGCAAUAGCCUCUUACUCCCAAUACUUUCAUCUGGCAGCGUGGCUAGCGCCUACGGUACAAACGGUCUGGGCGUACAUGGCAGGAGGAGUAGCGGGCGAUCCGGUAGCCGGAGUAUGCACGGUAGCUCCGGAAGGCGUGAGCACGUUCAUUCUAGCGCCGCUCUUCGUUUACCUCUUACUGGGAACGAGCUUCCUCUUGGCCGGUUUCGUCAGUCUAUUCAGAAUUCGUUCGGUUAUAAAGCGACAGCCAGGAGCGAAAGCGGACAAGUUGGAGAAACUUAUGAUACGAAUAGGCGUGUUCAGCGUUCUGUAUACACUUCCAGCCGGCGCGGUUCUAACCUGUCACAUCUACGAGUCCGUAUUACGCGACGAGUGGCUGAGCUCCCUGGCCUGUCCAUGUCGGUCUCGGGCAAGGCCCCUAUACUCCGUCCUCAUGCUAAAGUACUUCAUGGCCCUCGCGGUCGGCAUAACGUCGGGCGUUUGGAUCUGGAGCGGCAAAACCCUCGACAGUUGGCGGCGUCUAUGGAGGCGUCUCUUCGGAGGCGGGAGUGGCGCAGGCGUUCACGGAGGCGGUGGCGCCGGUAUGGUAGCCGGCGUGACAGGCGUCAGCGGAGGAAUAGGAAGCGCCAGCAUGAAGGGCGUCGUAGGUCGUGUCGCCAUGCCGUACCCAGCGGCACCGGGACCUGGUAGCGCACUUUUACCACCGGGUAGCGUGGCUAGCGCGUCUCAACAUCAUCUACAUCAUCACGUACUCAAGCAACCACCCCUUUCGCACGUAUGACGUCACCAGUCGGCGGGAGGCGACAUGAGCACCGCCGGCUGCGAGCAGCCGCAGCAGCAACAAGCCCAGCAGCAGCAACAACAACAACAACAGCAACAACAGCAAUCGCAAUCGCAACAAUCGGUGCAGCAACAGGAGAGGCCUUCCGCCCUUAGCAACUACGGGCCCAUUUAGCCCUUCGCCUCGGCCUCGCGCAGGCACACGCCGCACACGCCGCACACGGCACCGCACACGGCACCUCAUACCCCGCAUUCAGCGGCUACGAUCUAUUCGAGAAGGUCUCUUGCAUCAACUACUGGACCUCUUACGCCUGCACACGGUCUUGCACCGUCUUACUCGCAGGCGACCGAAGUUUGAGGACCGUCGAGAUAACAUCGAGUAUUAUAUAGGGACUUUUCGGUCUCCAUCAGCUUUAUUACUCGGUGAUCAUACACUUUCAACAUAAUACAUACAUUACGAGAACAAAAACACAUACGCAUAUACAUAAACGUACAUUGAAACAAACACGCACACGCGUACAUAGGAUUUACCCGAUAUACGUAUUAGCCCGUACGUGUCUUCCCCGUGGAUUUGAUUCAGAGUUUACGUGUUUUUUCGUCACCUCGUUAUAAAAUUCGAGCGACGCCAAAUAUGAUCAGCGCGAAAGGACACGCUCUUUUCUAAUCCUCGGGCCGUGGAAGAGAAAGAGGGGGAGAAAGGGAGAGGGAUAGAGAGAGAGAAAAAGAGAGAUAGAGAGAGAGAGAGAGAGAGAGAAAGAGAGACAGGUAGGAAAAGGGAGGAAAAGAGAGAGAGAGAGAGAGAGAGAGAGAGAGAGAGAGAGAGAGAGAGAUGAUAGGGAAUUCGAUAAGGAGAAAGAGUUUGCGAUUUGUUGGUACCCCCCGUUAAGGUCCAAAACGCAUUUUUUUGCGAUGUAUGAAUGAGUGUAUCUACGUAUGUAUGUAUGUAUGUAUGUAUGUAUGUAUGUAUGCAUGUAUGUAUGUAUCAAUGUAAAAUGAAUGUUAGUAACGAAUGUUGUUUUAACGUUCUCUUUUUUUCUUAUCCUCUAUCUGUUUAUCUCUUUCUCUCUCUCUCUCUCUCUCUCUCUCUCUCUCUCUCCUUUUCUUUCUCUCUUUUCUUUUAAUCUCUCUCUCUCUCUUUCUCUCCCCCUCUCUCUCUUCCUCUCUCUCUUUCUCUCUCUUGGACAUCUCCAACUUCCGGCUCUUUUCUUACUUUCUUAUUAUGCUACGUAGCCGAGCUCGUAAGGCUCGCAUGUCCGUCUAAAGUGUAUCGUCUCGUCUAUUUAUCUAACUCUUAGCCGUAACGAUUAGGUGUAUAACGCGACUUUUUAGAGAAUGCGUACCACUUUGGUAACCAUAGCCUGUUCCUAUCUUUUUCUAAUUGAAAAGAUAGAAAAAGAAAGGAGAGGAAAGGAGAACGAAAGAGAAAAGAAAAGACAUGUCAAGAAAAGAAAAGAGAAAAAUAAAAACUGCUGCUGAAAAAGUAUUGUUUGUUAUUCCUGAAAGUAAUGUUGUUGUACGUCAGACGUUUGUAAGAACAGGCUAUGGCUGCCAUCGAAAUAACGUAGAUUGGUACGAAGAAAUAAAAAAAGAAAAACAACAAAAAUAAUAACAAUAAUAAUGAUAAUAUUAAUAAUAAUAAUAUUAAUAAUAAUAAUAAUAAUUAUAAUAAUUAUAAUAAUAAUAAUAAUAAUAAUAAUAAUUAUAAUAAUAAUAAUAAUAAUAAUAAUAAUAAUAAUAAUAAUAAUAAUAAACACGAGUGUAUAGGUCAGGUGUUAAAGUAACAUAACGAAGCUACUUGUAAAUAAAUAAUUCAUAGAUGUUAGGUCGAGCACUGUAAAUAUAAAAAAGCGAUCAUCAAAAAACAAAAAAAAAAAAAAACAAGAAAGAAAAGAAAAGAAUAGAAAAGAAAAGAAAACGAGCAUGAAUAAGAAUUAGAAGAAUUGAGAAGAUACAGAAAAGGCGAAUGAUGAUUGGAGGACAUCGAUCGACGUUUCAGAAAAAAAAAAGAAAAAAAAAAAGAAAGAGAAAAAAGACCGAGCGAAAAGUUGAAUAAA